AUGUCGGACCCAUAUCGAUCAUUGUCUCUAUCACUCAUCGUCUCGCUUCAAACUCCUGAAAUGGCUCCUAUAAAGAACGGUCGUCUCCUAUUUAAUGCAGUGCCACAAGGUUAUCCCGUACCUGGUCAAACUACCGUUUACGACGACAGCGAGAAAAUCGACCUCGACAAUGUCCCCUUGCAUGGCGGUUUUCUGCUCAAAACGCUCGUAUUGUCUAUUGACCCUUAUAUCAGGGGUAGAAUGCGGGAUGUAUCGUCGUAUCCGCUCGCUUACAAACUGGGGAAACCAGUGAUAUCUCAUGGAGUGGGAAUCGUUGUACGCUCUGAAGAUGCUACUGUCAAAGCAGGCGACCAUAUCUAUGGAUAUUUGGAUUUUGCAGAAUACUCUGUCAAGCCCAACAUGCAGGGUUUCAAAGUCCUCAAGAACGAAGAGAAAUUACCAUGGUCUGUGUACGUCGGCAUAGCAGGCAUGCCUGGACAAACAGCAUAUACUGCUUGGAAGGAAUAUGCUGAUGCGAAGAAAGUAAGCCUGUUGUCUCUACCUCCCAUCUUUUCACAUAGGUGCUCACCUUUGACUGAAGGCGAAACAGUAUUUGUGACCACAGGUGGAGGCCCUGUCGGAUCGUUCGUCAUUCAACUAGCAAAGGCUGAUGGACUCAAUGUCAUUGCGAGCGCCGGCUCAGACGAGAAGGUCAAGUUCAUGAAAGAAAUUGGAGCAGAUGUGGCUUUCAAUUACAAGACCACCCCUGUUGCCGAUGUAUUGAAGAAAGAGGGACCGAUUGAUAUUUACUGGGACAAUGUCGGGGGAGAAACACUUGAAGCAGCUAUAAAUGCAGCGUCGACCGGGGCACGACUGAUCGAAUGCGGCAUGAGCUCUGAUUACAACAACAAUGUGCCAUACCAUGUCAAGAACCUCUUCUACAUUAUUCCCAAAUCACUCAAAGUUUACGGAUUCACAGUGUCAACAUUGCUUGAGAAAUACGUCGCCGCUUUCUAUGAGGAGGUUCCUAAGAAGCUUGCGAGUGGCGAGAUCAAGUAUACGGAAGACGUCACACAAGGGUUGGAAGGUGCUGGGGAAGCGAUAUUGGCUGUCCUGAAGGGAACGAAUACUGGGAAGAAGGUUAUAUUGGUUGCCCAAGAGUGA